AGGGGCCGCCUGCCUCGCAUUAUGUGGGUCCCUCUCCUGGCUUGCCUGGCCGCCGGGCUCGUCUCCUUGCAGCGGGGCCAGCGCGGUCCUGGCCCGGUCCUGGGGGCAGCGCGGCUGCUCGCGGCAGCUGUGCCGGGCUUGUGCCAGCGCACAGAAAACAGAUGUGCAAUCUCAAAUGCAGCAACAUGUACCAAGUGCCUUGCCGUGGGCCCAGAAUGUGGAUGGUGUACUCAGGAGGAUUUCAUGGCUGGAACAAAGCAGAAGGAACGAUGUGACAUAAUUUCACAUUUAAUUACCAGAGGAUGUGACCCAGACUUCAUAGAAAGUCCCAAAGUUGGUGUAAUGGUACCCAACAAUGAAGUUAAUUUACAAGUGACACCAGGAGAGAUUUCAGUUCAGCUACAUCCAGGAUUUGAAGCAAGUUUUAUGUUGAAAGUCCGCCUUCUGGAAAAGUACCCUGUGGACCUCUAUUAUUUAGUUGAUGUGUCUGCAUCUAUGCACAAAAACAUAGAAAAAUUAAACACAGUUGGGUUUGAUUUGUCUCAAAAGAUGGAAAAUAUUUCCCUUGAUUUAAGACUUGGAUUUGGAUCAUACGUGGAUAAGACAGUGACCCCGUACAUUAGUAUACACCCAGGAAGAAUCCAUAAUCAAUGCAGUGAUUAUAAUCUGGAUUGUAUGCCUCCUCAUGGCUAUAUCAAUGUAUUAUCACUAACUGAUAAGAUAACAGAAUUCAGAAGUGCAAUUAAUAGGCAAAAAAUCUCUGGCAAUAUUGAUACACCUGAAGGAGGCUUUGAUGCUAUGCUUCAGGCAGCUGUAUGCCAGAGCCAUAUUGGUUGGCGCAGGGAAGCAAAGCGUCUACUCCUCAUGAUGACAGAUCAGACUUCUCAUCUCGCCCUUGACAGUAAAUUAGCAGGGAUAGUAGUUCCUAAUGAUGGAAAUUGCCAUUUGAAAGAUAAUGUGUACGAGCAUCCAUCACUUGGUCAACUUUCUGAAAAGCUCAUAGACAACAACAUUAAUGUAAUAUUUGCAGUCCAAGGGAGCCAGUUUCACUGGUAUAAGGACCUUUUGCCUCUGCUGCCUGGUGCUACUGCAAGCCAGAUAGAAUCACAAGCAGCAAAUCUCAGUGAUUUGGUGGUAGAAGCUUAUGAGAAGCUGCUCUCUGAAGUCAGAAUUCAAGUGGAUAACACAAUCCAAGAUAUACAUGUCAACGUUACUGCAAUCUGUCCUGAUGGAAGUAGAAAAACAGGCUUUGAGGGAUGCAAAAAUGUGAAAUCCACAACUGAAGUACUCUUCAAUAUAUCCAUUGCCAUGAAAAGAUGUGGUACAGUUGGAGGAAGAAAACAUGUGAUGCUCAAACCAAUUGGCUUCAAUGAAUCGACCAGGGUUAAUAUAUACACAAGAUGUGCUUGUCAGUGUGAGGACAGCAUAAAGCACAGAAGAAUAUGUUCUAGUGAGACAUCUCUGGAUACUGACAGUUCUGCCUGCAAGGGCAAUAUCUGUAGUUCCAGCAGUGAAUUAUCUUCUGAGCGAUGCAAGAUGCAGAAGAACCAUCCAGUCUGCAAUGGUCAGGGAGACUGCAUCGAUGGGCAGUGUGUUUGCCAUAAAACCAAACUUGGCAUGAUAUAUGGUAAAUACUGUGAGAAGGAUGACUUUUCCUGCCCAUAUCACCUUGGAGUCCUGUGUGCUGGCAAUGGUGAAUGUGAACUAAGCAAAUGCAAAUGUUUUGAUGGCUGGGAAGGUGACCGUUGCCAGUGUUCUUCAUCCUUAAGAAAACACUGCCUGAACUCAGAUGGCCAGAUCUGCAGUGGAAGAGGAAUGUGUGUGUGUGGGAAAUGCCAGUGCACUGAUUACAGCAGUUUUGGUCACUUGUGUGAAUUCUGCCCUACUUGUAGGACAACCUGCAGUGAAAAGUGGAAUUGUGUGCCCUGUCAUCAUUCUAAUUCCUCUCAAAUUACUCUUGACCAGUGCAAAGCUUCAUGCACUUACAGGGUCCAUUAUACUGAAAAAUCUUCAGAAUGCACCUCUAAUGAUCCAAGCCACUGUAGAAUCUUUUUCAUAAUCUUUAUAGUUACAUUUCUUUUUGGGUUGCUUAAUGUACUUAUAAUCCGACAAAUAGUGCUGCAGUGGAGCAAUAAUAAAAUCAGGUCUUCAGCUGAUUAUAGAGGACCUGCAACAAAAAAGGAUAAAAUGUUCUUGCCUACUGUUUGUACAAAAACCGUAACCUACAGACGUGAUAAGCCUGAAGAAAUAAACAUCAGCAGCACUACGAAGUUACAAGUAAAUGAAACUUUCAAAUGCAGCUCCUGAAGACAAACCACUUCCUUCAAAGCCUUGUUUUUGCAGGCCAGGAGAUUAUUCGAAAGGCCCUUGUCUGACACUUUGGACUUUAUGGUAUGAAUACUGUAAUGGGGGAAAAAACCUGAUCUAAAAGCCUUAGUUGCACAUCAUGGCUAGGCUUGAACAAAGCUGCUCAAUUUUGAAAGACACAUGAGUGUUAACUACUGAUUAACCAGUUAGUCUAGUUAAGCUGAGAUGUUUAGACUGGAGGCAGUUCAGCCCCGUUUGAGACCCAAGAGGACCAAACUAGUCUCAUUUGGAAUAUUCCGGUCUAAGUGGGCUUGAUAUCUGCUCACAGCACCACUCAGCAUUGUAGCACUUUAACAUAAUGUAACUUACAAGAUUUUGGCAUAAAAUGUUGAACUAUACUGGUGUGACAAAAGCACUGAUUUCACUUUAAAGGUAGCUAACACAGGCUUGAUCUAUGGCAGGGGUUCGCACACAGUGUCAAGAAAAAUAUGACUGACACAAACAGUGACAUUUUGCCUGUCAGUACUAACUGUUCAAAGGACAAGAGAGUAGGUCUAGAUGAACCCCCAGGUUACUCUAAAAAGUCAACCAAAAAAAGGUUGUUCUACUGAUUCCUAUCCCUUCUCCAGCACUGAUGAAUUUCUAUGUUCUGUAUUGCACUAAUAAAGAGGUGGGUUUACAUUCAGCCUAACUAAGACACUAACAGUGCAAUCCUAAGAAGAGUUAUACCCUUCUAAGUACAUCAACUUCAAUGGAUUUAGAAAGGUGUAACUUCUUAAGAUGGCACUGUAAGGCUAUUGUCCUAAACGUACUAUUACAGAAGCAAGUCCCAUUAAAAUCUGUGGCUACUUACAAAUAAGCGUAGUUGGGAUUGGGUUGUAGAUUCUCAAAGGCCAGCCAUGGGAUUUGGUUCUUCCCAGCUGCUAUGCAGCCAUCAGUAGGGAGAGACCCACUUUGUUUUCAAAGACCACUAUAUGUGAAUGAGCAUAUCAUGUGAUAAAACUGAACCAAGCUGUAUUUCAGAGAGUGCUAGAAGCUACAAGAAUAUUUGUACACGUGUACACAUUUUGUAGAUUUCUUCUGUAGUUACUACUAAUUGGGCUGACCUUGUUUGUUUUGAAGUAUUUCUGAAAUUUACUAGAACAUUUUCUUACAAGAGACUGGAAUAAACAAAUGUGAUUACUACUGGAUUUUUAAAGCCAAAAUUUUGUAAUGGUUAGAAUUUAUUUGUACAGGAUUUAAAACUGUGUAUGUAAACAUUCCAUGACAUUUGACUAGCAGAUUUUUAUCUGUUUCAAAAUACUGUGUUAGUACAGAAAAGUUAGGUGGCAAUCAUGUAGUUGAUAUAAAUGGAGUACCACUCAGGGUCUAACCAUGAUACACUGGGAGUUCUGUGAAUCAGACAGCUUCAUAGGGCAUAGGUCCAUCAAUGCCUGCUAGCCGUGAUGACUGAAAGGAACCUCCCAUCUAGAAGCAGAAAACCUUUUAAUACACCUGCUAAGAGGAAGCAUCAGGGGAAGACCUCAUCCUCUCUGCCUUGUUGGUUGACCAGUGUGUGAAGCAAGAUACUGGGCUAGAUGGGCCCCUGCUCUGUUUUGGCAGGGCACUUCUUAUGUGAUGUGUCAUGAGUCCCAGUGCUUCUUAAAGUCAGUUUCCAGAUGUGCAGUGGCCUGAUUCAGAUCAGGAAGGGAUCACAAGAGGAGGCAGGUUAAUUCUUCGCCUCCAUACCUUUCCCUUAAUUGAAAAUGGCUGAAGGGUGCCCUUAUUUGCCCUGCUGGGGAAAACUACAUAUACUGAUGUUAAUAAACAAGUUUUCCCAAUAGGGAAAGCAGUGGCACAGGGGAAGACUUAACACCUCCUGUUCUUACACUAUGGUCCUGAACCAAAUUAGGCCUCCACAUCCAUGAUGACUUUUCAAAGGACUGGGAGUUCCCGACUAGAGAUGGGCACGAUCUGGAUUACGAUAAAAAAAAAACCACGAUAAUAGCAAGCAAUCUCUCAAUCGUGACCUGGUGGAUCGUUGUCUUCCACGGCAAACGAUCCAGCAGUCGGGACUCCGGGGCGAUCGUGAUAGGACUGGGAAGUUAGACAUUCAGGUGCCAACAAUCUGUUCCACUGGCAACGGAGGCAGGGGAAUGCCUGAGCUCUGUUUGAAACUUGAUAAUAUUUCCCCUAGCGAGGAAAAGCACUUCUCAGUGUUAACUCUUUCAAAAAACCCUUGCUUUGAGAGCAGCUAUCAAACUUUUUUGCACUCCUCUCCUGAGUUCAUUUAGUGCUGAAAGAGUUAACUGAAAAGAGAUAUCUCUCUCCUCCUGGCUUCUCAGCCCAGUGCCUGCUUUUUGCAAGAAGUUGGUAUGUGAUUUGAUGUUUCAUUUGUGUUUUUCCUAUUUAAAAAACCAUAGGAUCCAUGAGGAUCCGUGUGGAUCCUGGUUUUACUUUCUUCCUGUUUAAAAUAUGCUUUUGGAAGACUGGCUGCUUGCUUUUAAAAUCUGGUGGGAUGGAGGAUUCUAUCCCUGCUUUUUUUUAAAAGCUGGCUAAAACUUGUUGACGGGGUGUCUCUCUCUAUUUGGAGAGGCAGGGACGUGUUAAAAACUUUUUUCCCCUCUGCUCUAAGUGCGUGUGUGUGUGUGAGAGAGAGAGAAAACGACGGGUUAAAAACUUCCCCCCCUCUGCUCUAAGUGCGUGUGUGUGUGAGAGAGAGAAAAGUCCCCUCCCUGAGGGGUUAAAAACUUUUUUCCCCAUCUGCUCUAAGUGUGGGGGGGGGCACCCCUCCGAUCCCAGAUUCCAGAUCGGAAAUGGGACUUGAUCGGAGUGAAUCGGUGAUCUGGACUCGCCAUCAGCGUGGAUCCACAAACAGCUUGAUCGGUAUUUUUUUUUGGAUCGUGUCCAUGUCUAUUCCCGACACAGAACUCCCAGUAUAUCAUCUGGUUAGGCACUGAAACUGUACACUUUUCAGAUUAAAAGACUUUACUUAAAGUCUCCGCCAACUCACACAUUCAGGCUAGUAUCUCUUUAAAAAUUUAAGACCCUGGCCCAGGAGGUGCAGAUGUGCAUGGAGCACUUACUUCAACAAUGGAGUGGUAUUAUAAGUCCCAUGCUCAUAUCGACUGCACAGAAGGAACUCUCUGUAGCUGUGAUUUGAUUUGGAAGAACUUCCAUAUGUGGAAACUCUGCCUGUUGUAAUUUGUGGAUUUUUUGAUCAAACCAAAUUAUUUCUUUGCGGAGAUACCAGCUUCUAGGGGGCUUGGAGUUUUCCUAGAAUGACAACUGAUAGGCAGACUACAAAGAUCGAUUCUCCUGGAGGAAAUGGCAGCUUUAGAGGUUGGAUUCGAUGGUACUGCAACUCCACUGAGCUCCCUCCCCAGGAACUACUCCCCAAAUUUCUAGGAAUGGGAGAUGGCAACCCUAGGAGAUAAUGGAAAUGUGUCCCUGUGGCUAAAAUGCUCAAACUACACAAUCAUAGCACUUUGAAGAUUAGAAUGUAUAUUGUUCUCUGGAAACCUCUCUUCCUGAAAUAAUUCCUUUCUUUUCUGCUUUGCACACUUCUGGAAAAGGUACAUAAUAGUCACAAAGUACUUAAAGGUUACUAUGAACGUCGUACAGCCUAUUAUUUCUGCUUACAAAUAAUUGGGUUUUCCUUCUGUUUACCAUGUUAUAAUCAGUUUCAUUCUUGCAUAUAACUACAUAACUUAAAACAGAAAAAAAAUAGAUCCAAUUUGAAAUGUAUAUUUUGCAGUGGUUUCUGAUGUUUUUGCCUUUAUCAUAUUUAAUGUUUACUGUCCUUUUUGUAAAAAUUUGUGCGGAUGAGUCAUUUGUUUUCGGAUUUAUUUAAUAUGUAGAAUCUUUCUAGGAAAGAAAGAGCAGUUGAGAAUAUAAAUACUCAUUGUUAAUUAUAAUCUUUUAAACCAUUUGAAAAAGUCACUGCCAAUUUCCCUAGAAGCUUACUACAUGUUUUAUUUAAAGUAUAUUUUUGUAGUGUAUAUGACUAACUUUAAUUUCAAUUUAUUUAUUAAUUUGUCACUUUAGUAUAUCAGGAAAUAGUUUAUUUUUCUAUGAGAGCUGCAAUAACUAUGACUUAGCAUUAAGUUAAUGCAAAAGUAUUAUACUUUGGCUAAAAAAAUAAAAUACUUUCUGCCUUUGA